AUGACGUGGGUACUACAACUCAACCGAUCUAUGUUUCCACUCAAGGUGGCAGAUGACACUAUACAAACUUGGACCCUCAACAGCGAUGCGAUACAAUACUCUGCUCCCGUCCGACAAUUGCAGCGACUUCUCUCGAAACUCGAAGAUAUCAUAGAGGAGGUCCCACCAGAUACGGGCCCGCGGAGGUUUGGAAAUAUAAGCUUUCGAAGAUGGUCUGAGGUGGUCGAAAGUCGCGCAUCUGACCUGCUGAGGGAAUGCCUACCGGCUGACCUCUUGGAUAGGCGAUCAUCGGAUGAGGGCGCAACGGCGGAGACGGAGUUGAAAUCAUAUUUCUUGGGCAGCUGGGGAAGUGGCCAGCGAUUGGACUAUGGUACUGGUCAUGAACUGAGCUUCCUGGCUUUCCUGGGUGGAAUAUGGAGGCUGAAUGGAUUUCCCAACGCCGGUCCAGGCGUGGAGGAACGAGCUAUCGUGGUCGGGGUGAUCCAUCCAUACCUGGAGCUUAUCAGACUACUCAUUAAGACAUACAACCUUGAGCCUGCUGGCUCCCACGGCGUCUGGGGUCUUGAUGACCAUUCCUUUGCCCCUUAUAUCUUUGGAUCUGCACAAUUAUCGCCUGCAAUCAAUGAUUCUGACUCAACUCCCGAAGAAGGCUCACUUCUUAAUGCACCUGAUCCGGGUGGCGUCGCCAAUGCAAAAAUUGUUGAAAGGGAACGCCAAACUAAUCUAUAUUUCUCCGCUAUCGGGUUCAUUUAUGAUGUGAAAAGAGGCCCAUUCUGGGAGCACAGCCCCAUGUUGUUCGAUAUUUCUGGCAUUCGAGCUGGCUGGGGCAAGAUCAAUAAGGGAAUGAUCAAGAUGUACAACGCGGAAGUUCUCGGAAAAUUCCCCGUGGUACAGCACUUCCCUUUCGGGUCUCUAUUCAGCUGGGACCGUGAUCCAAAUGCCCCUGUGCCCCCUUCCACGGUUCAUGCCACAUCUGGUCCUCAGGCACGCCCUGUUGCCCCAGAUUCUGGCCACCCUUCUGUUGCCGCUACCCGUCCUAUGCCUGGAGCCGGCACCCAGGCUCCCUGGGCUAAGCCCGGGGCAGGCACGCAGGCUGUUCCCCCGAUGGGCUCCACAGCAGCCCCGUGGACUGGGGUAAGAAGAGAGGGGGUCCCAAACUCGACACCUGGCGGUGCGAGCAGAGCUCUCUCUGCUCUUCCAGAUACUUCAAGGAUGCCCCCAGGCCCUAUGGCACCGACCAGAGCACCUUGGUCUGCUCAGCCUCGGCCUUCGCCUUCACAGGAUGGAAACGCCGAUGCGCAUACCAAGGCUCCCUGGGCAAAAUGA